GGGCCGGCAGCUUCCCCGCAUCCCACCGCCGUGCAGGAUGGAGGGAACGGGGACCCCGCGGGACACGAGUUUCAAUGUUCUGACUUGCUCUAAGAUGAAGGUAUGGAAGUUUGCAGCCAUUGCAUCGAUGCUCCUCAGUUCCGUGUUAUCCAUUUUAGUUUGUAGAGACAUGUUCAGCGGAAGCCGGGAAUUCAGCCCCCUGCCUUCCUCGCCGUCUUCCUCACGGGAUUCCUCCUCCUCCUCCUCUUCUUCCUCCUCCUCCUCCUCCUCCUCCUCGCUGCUGGCGGCUCCGCGGAGAUCCCCACGGGCCCUGCAACGCCACGGCUCUCUGCUGGCCCAGUACAGCGCCUUGCUGGAGAGCUACACGGAGGGCGAGAUCCGCCAGCUGAUCUCGGCGCUGGUGGAGCGCUACCGCCAGGCCAUGAACUCGGGCGGGCACGAGCUGCCGCUGUUCCCUCGCGCCGGCAGCCGCCGGAAACGCGCCCGCGCCCGCCACAAACCCUGCGAGCUGCGCGAGCUGGAGGUCAGCGUCAGCGAGCUGGGCCUGGGCUACGAGUCGGACGAGACGGUUCUGUUCCGCUACUGCAGCGGCACCUGCGAGGCCGCCGUGCGCAGCUACGACCUCUCCCUCAAGAGCAUGAGGAGCCGCAGAAAGAUCCGGAAGGAGAAGAUCCGGGCCCGGCCGUGCUGCAGGCCGCUGGCCUACGACGACGACGUGUCCUUCCUGGACGCCUACAACCGCUACUACACCGUCAACGAGCUGUCGGCCAAGGAGUGCGGCUGCGUGUGACGGGGCCACCCGGGCAGAGGGACCGGGAUGGAGGCUGGAGUGGCCGGAGGAGGAGAGACUGAGCCGCUGGCGUGUCCCUCGGUGUCACCGUCCCGCCGGCCGCGCAGGACUAGAGACGUGGCCGCGGCCGUGGCGGAGGCGGUUGGAGCGGUGACGGCGGCUUGAGGCUGUCGUCCCCUCUGCGGGUGGCCCAGAGGUCCCUGCUGAGGUGACAGUGGGCGUGCAACGUGCACAGGGCGUGUCCAGCCCUCGGCGUGCACGGGCUGCACUGCGUGUCACGCGUGUCAUGCGUGUCACGCGUGUCACAGGCCACGUUACCUGCACAGGGCGUGGUGCAGUGCAGGUGUCUCUGCCAUGGGGGACCCGCACG